AUGGACGGGAAGUUGGAAGACCUGAAAGAAUGGGUGAAGGAGAUUGAGAGGGGAGUGAGAGUGCUGAUAGGGGGGGAUUUUAAUGCAAGGAUCGGAAAGGAAAGGGGGUUCGUGGAAGAGGGAGAAGAGAGGGGGGAAGGAGAAAGGAGAUCGAAGGAUGGCAAGGUAAAUGGGGAGGGAAAAAAGCUGUGUAGAUUCUUGGGGGAACGUGGGUGGGCGAUUUUUAACGGAGGAAUUAGAGGAGAUGAGGAAGGAGAAUGGACGUAUACAGGGGGAAGAGGGGAGUCGGUGAUUGACUACGUGUUAGGGGACAGGAGGACAAGGGAAAAGGUAGAACGGGUAGUGGUAGAAGAGAAGGUCGAUUCGGACCAUCAGCCAGUGACGGCGUGGGUGGAAGGGUGGGUGGAAGGUAUGGAUAAGGGGAAGGAGGGAAGGAGCGGAAGUGGGAGAGGAGACUGGUCAGAAGAAAGCAAGGAAAAAUUUAGAGAGUUAAUGGGGGACAGGCAAGCUCAGGGAGGGGGAGUGGAGGAGGAGUGGCAGGGGCUGAAGAGGAAGAUAAGGGAGGUAUUAAGGGAAGUGAAUGGGAGGGGCAAAAGAAGCGGAAGAAAGGGCUGGUGGGAUGAGGAAUGUAGGGAGGGAAAAAAGAGAGUUGGCAACAUGUUAAGGAAAUGGAGAAGGGAAGGGGGAGAGGGGGACAGUUACAGGGAGGAAAAACAGAGAUACAAGAAGCUAUGUGAAGGGAAGAAAAGAAGAGAAAUGGAGAAAUGGGAAGCGGAAGUAAAGCAGAUCAGGACGGAGGGGCAGGUAUGGAAAGUGGUAAACAAGGAGAGAAAGAGGAGAAGGAGGGUGAAUGAGGGAAUUAGUAUGCAAGAAUGGGAUGGGUACUUUAAAGAGCUGUUGGGAGGAGUGAAAGGGAGGGUGGUGAUGGGAACAAGAAGAGGGGAGGGGAGGGAGGAGGAGGAGGAGGAAGAGGAGAUAAGGAGAGAAGAAGUGUGGGAGGUAGUGAGGAAGCUUAGAGAGAGGAAAGCGAUGGGAAGUGAUGAAAUUCCAAAUGAGGUUUGGAAGUUUGGAGAGGAGGUAGUGAAAGAAUGGCUAUGGGAAGUGUGCAAUAGAGUGUGGAAGGGAGAGGGUUGGCCGGAAGAUUGGAGGGAGGGAAUUAUAGUGCCUAUAGAACAAAAGGGGGAGGGGGAGAGAGUGGGAAAUUACAGAGGGGUGACGUUAGCGCAAACGGCAUACAAAGUGUAUACUGCCGUGUUGGCGAAAAGGUUGAGGAAGGAGGUUGAAGAGAAGGACUUGCUGCCACCGAGUCAGACAGGGUUUAAAAGAGGGGUUGGGACCACGGACAACAUUUACGUACUGAAUUACCUGAUAAACAGGCAAGUAAAUGAGAAGAAAGGGAAGAUGGUGGUGAUGUUCGUGGACUUAAAAACAGUUUUUGACUCGGUGGACAGGAGGAUCCUGGUGGAAGCCAUGAGGAAAAGGGGA